AUGACACAAACUAGGAAUGAUCAUGGCCAUAGCCACGGCCACGGUCACCACCACCACCACCAUCAUGAUAAUACCUACCUAACCUCCACAAACAAACGCGACGCUGGUGUUCGCAUUACACGUAUUGGUCUCGUUGCAAAUUUGUGUAUGGCGAUUGGAAAAUUCAUUGGCGGUUAUAUCUUUCACUCUCAAUCCCUGAUCGCCGACGCCUACCACGCGCUCACCGAUCUUGUCUCCGACUUUUUGACUUUGGGGACUGUCGCCUGGUCCCUGAAGCCCCCGAGUGAACGAUUCCCAAACGGGUAUGGAAAAAUCGAGAGCAUCGGUGCGUUAGGGGUUAGUGGGCUUCUGCUCUGCGGAGGAGUGUUCAUGGGUCUCAACGCGGGUCAGGUCCUGCUGGCUCACUUCUACCCUGAUGUGGCUGAAACAGUAGCUCAUUCUGGAAUUUUGGGACAUGGUCAUUCGCACAGUCAUGGGCCAAUCGGUCCAAGCAUUCACGCGGCAUGGAUCGCAGCAGGCUCGAUUGUGGUCAAGGAGUGGCUUUACCAUGCCACCAUGAAGGUUGCUGAAGAGCGCAAAUCGUCCGUGCUUGCAUCCAACGCUGUUCACCACCGCAUUGACUCCCUGACCAGUAUUGUCGCCCUUUUCACAAUCGGAGGAAGCUAUGUCUUCCAAGAUGCCACCUGGCUGGAUCCAGUUGGCGGAGUCCUGAUCUCCCUGAUGGUCAUCAAAGCCGGUUGGGGCAACACAUGUACCUCCCUUUUGGAGUUGGCGGAUACUACGGUUGAUGAGGAAGUGCGACACUCUGUGGAGGCUGCUGCCUCCAAGGCAUUGCAGGAUCUUGAAGAUGGACACCAAGUCAUCGUUCGUGAUGUACAAGGCAUGAAGUCUGGCCAAAACUACCUAAUGGACAUUGAGUUGGCUGUGCCGGGUGCCUGGGCUAUUAGUCGGUCACGACACAUCGAAGAAGCCGUUCGUCAAGCUGUUGGAUCCGGAGUUCGCGGCGUGAAGCGGAUCAAGGUCCGCUUCAUUCCGGCGGAAAAUCAGGAUCUCACGUUCUCGGAUGAGUUCGUUGCGCAGGAUAUUGGUGGUGACCCGGAGACACCUCAAGAUAUUCGGAAGCAGCAAUAG